GUUAUUAUUUUUGCUGGCGUGAAAUGAACAAAUUUCCUGCAAAACAACAAUCUAUUUCUGGCAGAAAGGAUAGCCCACCAAGUCAUGCAACACUGAUGAAACACUUGGUAGAAAUAAAAGAGCGCCCAGCUCAUUAUUUGAUCCAGCGAAAAAUAUAUUUGACAACUUGCGAAUUAGACAAACUUUUAACUUUGAAGAAAAAUGGAGAAAAAUUUUAUGCUGUUAUGAGCCAUCUCCCAAAAUUGGAAUCAUUGCAAUUGUGUCAUUGGGUUCUCUUCGCAAUCAUUGGAUAUCUCCAAGAUGCUAUUGAUAUGCCGUUGAUCAUUCAAACUUUUAAUGAAAGAAGUCAAUUUUGGAAUGACUUAAAAGGCGUUAUAGCCAUGGGAUUGGAUGUUAAUAAGACUUUCAUCUACAAGUAUAAUGACUUCUCAUUUAUGGGACAAGAUUUUGAUCAGAAAAUAAUACGAGUGGAAAAAUGUGUGACUUUCAAUAGUGUUAGCUCUCAAUACUUGUUAAUGCCGUGCGCUGUUGAUCACGAUCCAUAUUUUCGCAUGUUUCGCAAUAAGGCUCCACUCUAUGGUUUGCCCGAAUGUGGUAAAAUAAAUUCAGCUUUCCUUCCCCCAUUGCUGGAUACGAGUGUUGAGAAUUCUGCAAUUUUUUUGACUGACACAUCUAACCAAAUUGCCGAUAAAAUUACUAAAUAUUACAACUCUAAAAAGCAAGAUGGCGUUACGGAUAGUGACAUCUUAUAUCCGUUUCUACUUUGCUUCAUAAAGGGAGAUCUUGAGAGAUCUCAAGAUCUUAAAACAAAAGUUAUUCAGACUGUAACUGAUGUUGUGGAACAGUACCAAUCGGCUCGUGAACUAGUUGAUGACAAAAUUUUGCAUCAAUUGAUGGAGAAACGCUUCAUUUAAUUUUGAUGGAGUAAACACACAAGAAAAUUAAAACUGGAUUCAAUAACGAAAUUAGUGCAUUCAAUUAAAAAAUUCGCUAAAAUCGGAUCUAUAAAUUUGUAUUAUUGAUUAACAACUUUGCAAUAUGGAUUUAUGUACCAGACUAAAUCCAAUUAAAGCAGUU